UCAAUCUGCGCCACCUGACUCCCAAGACCCUAGCUUUGGAGGGGGAAGUGAGGUGUAGGAAGUAGGUCGCUUUCUGAUGAAUUAAGUGUCAGUGAAUUGAGACCUGAGGGAAUCUGGCCACUAGAGGCUGGUACUUGCGCCCCAAAACCCCAUCUCCGGCAGACAGACUGUCCGAGGUAAUUGUCGGCCACGAGUGCACAUUCUGAAAACAGGAGAUUUUAGUUCCUAAAAAUGGGAAGAACCUACAUUGUAGAAGAGACUGUUGGCCAGUAUCUUUCAAACAUAAAUCUCCAAGGAAAGGCUUUUGUCUCUGGCCUUUUAAUAGGACAGUGUUCUUCACAAAAGGAUUAUGUGAUUCUUGCCACUAGAACGCCCCCCAAAAAGGAACAAAGUGAGAACCUCAAACAUCCCAAAGCUAAGUUGGAUAACUUGGAUGAAGAAUGGGCCACAGAACAUGCCUACCAGGUAUCCAGAAUGCUACCAGGGGGACUUUUAGUUCUUGGAGUAUUUAUUAUUACUACUUUAGAACUGGCAAAUGAUUUUCAGAAUGCCCUGCGUAGACUAAUGUUUGCUGUGGAAAAGUCUAUAAAUAGAAAGAGAUUGUGGAAUUUCACAGAGGAGGAGGUCUCAGAACGAGUGACACUUCACAUUUGUGCUUCUACAAAAAAAAUAUUUUGUCGAACUUAUGAUAUCCAUGAUCCAAAGAGUUCAGCAAGACCAGCAGAUUGGAAGUAUCAAAGUGGAUUAUCAUCCUCAUGGCUUUCUUUAGAGUGUACAGUUCACAUUAAUAUUCAUAUCCCACUUUCUGCUACUUCUGUCAGCUAUACUCUGGAGAAAAAUACAAAGAAUGGACUUACACGCUGGGCCAAGGAAAUAGAAAAUGGUGUUUAUUUGAUUAAUGGACAAGUUAAAGAUGAAGAUUGUGACCUAUUAGAAGGACAGAAAAAAUCUUCUAGAGGAAAUACUCAAGCAACUAGUCAUUCUUUUGAUGUCAGAGUGCUAACGCAAUUGCUCCUGAAUUCAGACCACAGAUCCACAGCCACAGUCCAGAUAUGUAGCGGUUCUGUAAACCUUAAGGGUGCUGUGAAAUGCAGAGCUUAUAUCCACAGCAGUAAACCCAAAGUUAAAGAUGCUGUGCAGGCAGUAAAGAGGGAUAUAUUGAACACAGUUGCUGAUCGUUGUGAAAUACUAUUUGAGGAUCUGCUUUUGAAUGAAAUUCCAGAAAAAAAAGAUUCUGAAAAAGAGUUCCACAUCCUCCCUCAUCGAGUCUUCAUUCCCCUUCCUGGAUCCACUGUAAUGUUGUGUGAUUACAAAUUUGAUGAUGAGCCGGCUGAAGAAAUUAGGGACCAUUUUAUGGAGAUGUUGGAUCAUGCAAUUCAAAUAGAAGAUUUGAAAAUUGCAGAGGAGAUAAACACAGCUUGUAUGAGUUCCUCUAUGAAUAGUCAAGCUUCAUUGGACAACACAGAUGAUGAACAACCAAAACAGCCAAUUAAAACUACAAUGUUACUGAAAAUUCAGCAGAACAUAGGUGUGAUUGCAGCAUUUACAGUUGCAGUCCUUGCUGCUGGUAUCUCCUUUCAUUACUUCACUGAUUAGGGUGAGGCACAAAGAGUUUCUUGAUCAUCCAGAGAACAUUGACAGAUAAUUAUGAAUAAUAAAGAUGUUAAUCCAUCUGUAUUUAAAACAGUAGCAGCCAGAUCUGCUGCCAUGAUGCCUAUUUGGUGUGUUUCUGAUUAAAAUGAAAUCACAAGCUGCCUUGUUUAGCCUGCUUUACAUUGUAGGUGGCCCACAUUUCCAGAAAUAAAGUUAUGCAUCUAGAUGGAAGCUGCAUGUAACAAAUCAUUAUUAUCUAUUUUUUAAAAGGUUCAAAAUGAUGGGAUAUGAUCAUAGAUUUUAGUCUUACUAAUCUGAAUCACAUAUUAAUCAGGACAUUAAAAAAUUGAACAGAGGCAUGGUGGCUCACACCUAUAAUCUCAACGCUUUGGGAGGCUGAGGCAGGAGGAUCACCUGGGGCUAGGAGGGAGUUGGAGACCAGCCCGGAUGACAUAAUGAGAUUCUGUCUCUACUG